AUGGAUAACGACGUAAAAGAUUGUAGUGAACCUGUAUAUGAUCAGGAUACUGGCCUUCUCGAGUAUAUCGAGGCUUGCACCGCGUGUCCAACAACAAGUAGCAAAGCAAAGAAGACGUCGUCAGUGAUAAAAGAAAAACCGGCUCGACGUUGGAAAUCGAUUAAUUCUCAGUAUUGCAGUUCCUGCAUGACGAUUUUGCAGGAGGGUGGUGAGCUUUUAUGCUGUGAUCGUUGCCCAGCAUCAUUCCAUUUGAUGUGUCAUGAGCCACCUAUUGAACGAAGUUCUAUUCCGAGUGGAAAAUGGUUAUGUAACCGUUGUACUCAUGCAGUGACACACAAUGCUAGUCCGAAGAUAAACAAAAAAGUACCAAAAGAUUUUGAUUGUUCCUCACAGAAUGCACGCCGAAAUCAUGGAACGAUAUCCAAUAUUAUGGAACAAAAUACAGAUGGUGGCCUAAGUGCACUGGCAGUAUUAGCUGAUGCAGCUUUGGCUGCAAAUGCUGAACAAUUCUCCUUACCGCACGAUUUAUCUUGUGAAAUUCCACCUUUACCAUUCGAUGAGCGGUUAACAUCUACACAGUUAUUACCACCACCGAAAGCAAUCUGUCAUCUUUGUGCAUCAAGAAAUGAAAAAUCGACUAUGAUCCAGUGUGAUUUUUGUUCACUCUGUUAUCACCUCGAUUGCCUUACACCUCCUCUUCCUUCUGUGCCUAAGGAUAAAUGGAUGUGUCCAGCUCAUGUAGAGCAUAUUUUGGAUCGAAAAUUAGCGAAGACACUUUCGUUGCGUAAACGGUUACUUGUCUGGCAGAAAUAUGCUAGACAACCAAUUGAUGAACAUUUGGUCAAAAUUUCAUUUCUCAAAAAAGCUCGUAUGGAACGAAAAGCUGCUGUCGAAGCAGGAGAUGUCACUACCAAGAGAAAUGGUCCAUAUUUUUCCGUUCCUGAUUGCAUUAAGAAAUUGUAUGAAACACGAUGGAAUCAUUGGAAAAAAGAUGAAUUACCCAGUGAAAAGGAGCAGGAUCUGUGGUUUAGAAAUGUUAUACGAAUGCAAAAAAUGCAAGUCGAACUGGACUUAUCUAGAGAUAAAAGUACUGUUUGCGGUGAAAAACAGGAUGAAGAUACUUGCGAGAAGAUACCGAAUGUCACGAGAGAAUCAGUGAGUGCGGAAGCUACAGAGACGAAAUGGCAGCCCCACUCAGAAUCGCAAGGCGAUGUGCAUGAGCAGUGUUCUGGUUUGACAAAUUUCGUAGAACUGUCAUUGUUAAAGCGCGUUCGACGCGGCUGCCUGUCACUGAUGGAAAAUUCUGAAAGUGUAGAAUAUCGCAUUAUUGGUUCUCUUGCUUGUCAGAGACUGGAGCAGUUGCUAUGUACCGCAGAAAGCUCUCGGAAUAUUAAGGAAAUGAAAUUUGAAAAAAAAAUUUUGCAUGAUGAUAUGCCAGUGCUUGCCGUAUUAAAAGCCAAUGAUAUGGAUGCUUAUCCUGUGCAGCAAGUGAACACGACUAUAGGCAUCGAUUCGUCUUGUGAUCUUAACCUAACAAAAGUUGCACCGCUUUGUCGAGCAAUCGCUGGACGUCAUGCUGCUUUACUAUUCAAUAAAGUAACUCGACGGUUUGAGCUGGUUCUGAAACAUGGCGAUUGUUUUCGUGUUGAUGGAAUAACAUACAAAAGUAGUGAUGAUAGUGUCACGAAUAUUCUUCUUUGUUCAUGCACAGCCUCCAGCAGCAUGAAUUACAGACAUGAAAUUGCGUACUUACAUCACGGAAGUAUAAUUGAUAUCGGUUGUGCGCGAUUGAUCUUUGCAUCUUUCUUUUAG